GCAUCUACUCAUCCAUCAUUCCCGUAUCACCAUGUUCGUUUGCCAAAUACUAUUAAACCAAUCCAUUAUCAUCUUUAUCUACAACCAGACUAUCAAAAACUAAUUAAUCAAGGUAAUGUAACAGUCAGUCUUCAUUGUCAUCAGAAAACAGACUUUAUCUUAUUCCAUGGUAGAGGGUUACAAAUUAAUGACAUUCGGAUUAUCGAUCAAUCAACUGGAAACGAAUUGACUGUCAAGCGGACAUUACAGGAUCCUCGAAACGAUUAUUACUAUGUACAAGUCAACAGUUCAUUGGUAACAGCGACUAAUUAUACAUUAGUCAUCCAGUUCAGUGGACUCAUCUAUCCUAACCGCUUACGAGGCUUCUAUCGUAGUACAUAUGUAACAGCAUCAGGCCAAAAGAGAUACUUAUACACGACCGAUUUUGAACCUACAGAUGCUAGAAUGGCGUUUCCAUGCUUUGAUGAACCGGCAAUGAAAGCCAGUUUUGAGCUAACAGUUGUAGUACCUCCUGGCUAUCAUGCCUUAUUUAACACGCUAGCUCGAAAUAAUCAUACUCUUGCAAAUCAAAAUACCAUCAUUCAUUUCCAGAAAUCAGUUCCAAUGAGUACUUAUCUCGUAGCGUUUGUAAUAUCAGAUUUCCAGCAUUUGGAAAAAAAGUCGAAAGAUAAUAUUCUGGUUCGAACAUGGACUCAUCAAGAAAAAGUACAUGAAACUCAAUUAUCUCUCCAGGUUGCUGCAGACUGUGUUUCAUAUUAUGGCAAAAUAUUUAAUAUCAAAUAUCCCUUGCCAAAACUUGAUUUAGUAGGAAUACCAGACUUUUCCUCAGGUGGAAUGGAAAAUUGGGGGUUGAUUACUUUCAACGAGGUUCAAUUCUUAUAUAAUCUUAAAUAUGCUACGUCUACAAACUAUUUCUAUAUUGUUGAGACCGUGGCUCAUGAAGUAGCCCAUCAGUGGUUUGGUGACUUGGUAACGAUGGACUGGUGGUCCGAUGUUUGGUUGAAUGAAGGUUUUGCAACGUUUGUUUCCUAUCUAGGAAUGAGAAAUAGCAAACCUGGACUCCAGGGAUAUCAACAGUUUAGCCUAAGAACCAUGGCAAAAGCAAUUAUCGACGAUAGUUUACCAAGUUCUCAUCCAGUUUAUCAACCAGUGAAUGACCCAAAUCAAAUUGGUGCCUUAUUCGAUCAUAUUUCAUACGAUAAGGGCGCUUCAUUAUUGCGUAUGCUCUAUGAAUAUUUUGGAGAACAAACAUUUUUUAAGGGUGUUGAGGAUUACCUGAAAGCUUACGCAUACGGCAAUGCUAAGAGUCAAAACCUUUGGAAUGCAAUGUCAUCGGUAACUGGAGAAAAUAUUAACAGUGUUAUGAAUACCUGGUUGCUCCAAAUGAAUUACCCACUUGUAACUUUAAAAUUAGAAAAAGAUAAAAUCAGUAUAUCUCAAACAAGAUUCCUUGAAGAUAAAAACGGGCAAACCUUAGUUAAUCAAACAUCGCCUUAUCGGUACAAAUGGUUAAUACCAUUUUGCUUUGAAACUAGUGAUGGCUAUGUUAAUCGAACAAUAAUUGGAAUGAACGGAGCAACACUACAAUUACCCAGCGCUCCAAAAUGGGUUAAAGCAAACUGCAACCAAACAGGCUAUUUUAGAGUAAAUUAUGAUGCUAAAACGUGGCAAAGCUUGAUUGAGCAAAUUCAAAGUGAUCAUGAGAGCCUAUCAAUUCCAAACAAGGCUAAUUUGCUAGACGAUUCAUUCUAUUUAACGAAAGUUGGAAGCUUGAAUCCUUCAAUAUUUUUAGAGAUUAGUCGUUAUUUAGCUAAUGAGACUAAUUAUGUACCAUUUGCUACCUCACUUCCUCAUCUGGAUUACAUAAUAUCGACAGUAAAUGAUUUAUCAAGCCAAACAAUUGGAAAGAAAUACUUGAAGUAUUUAUUGCAGUCAAAUUUGAGACAGCUGGGAUGGAAGGAUACUGGUAGCAAUAACAAGAAAUUACUAAGAACGGAAGUCUUGAGUACUGCCUGCUUCGCUGGUGAUCGUUCAACUAUACUUAAUAUUACCAACCUUUACAGGGAAUGGCUAUAUAACAAUAAAAGCAUAUCAGCAAAUUUGAAAUCAGUAAUUUUAAGAUGUGGCAUAGCUCAUGGCGGCAAUUGGAAUAUGCUGUUACAGCGCUAUUAUGCCAGUAAGGAUGCAACAGAAAGAAGGAUACUCAUGAGUGCGUUAGCCUCAUCGACCGACAAGUCCACUUUAAAGAAAUUGCUUAAUAUUAUCAUCGAUAAAAGUAAAGUGAAAGCAGCAGAGGCCCUUAAAGCCAUGAUUUAUAUUGCACAAAAUCCAGCAGGAACUGAUCUAGCUUGGAACUUUGUCGUUUUGCGUUGGAAUUUAUUCUUUGAAAGAUACGGCCAAGAUACUUUUAGUAUGGCAACGCUGAUCACACAAGUUAUCAAGCCAAUGAAGAGUGAAGUUCAACUGGAUAAGGUCAAACUAUUUUUUAAGUGCACGCCGAAUGUUGGAACAGGCCAGAAUGCAGUCCCGAAGGCUAUAGAUCAGUUAGAAACGAAAAUUGCUUGGCGUCGAAAAUAUGAAGGAGCAAUUAGUACAUGGUUU